GCAGGAUGUCAGGACUAGGAGGUUUGGGUCAGAAUACGGGGUGCGAAGGCGCAGGCUGAAAGCAGGCCUGGGAUAGCGGAGUACGGAUCCACAUCCCAUGAGCCCCCGGGGCUACCAAGACUGGAAGGAAGCGCGGGUAGUUGAACCGUGAUGGUGGGGAGGUGGUCUUGGGUGGACCCCUGCAGUGGGGAAUGCAGGAAUGGACGCGGCAAAAGGAGGGAGGAGAACUUUAGCCACUGUGGUGCAGAACCUCAUCUUCAGAUACUUACAAAAUAGAUCGCGGAUUCAGGUGUGGCUCUAUGAGCAGGUGAAUAUGCGGAUAGAAGGCUGUAUCAUUGGUUUUGAUGAGUAUAUGAACCUUGUAUUAGAUGAUGCAGAAGAGAUUCAUUCUAAAACAAAGUCAAGAAAACAACUGGGUCGGAUCAUGCUAAAAGGAGAUAAUAUUACUCUGCUACAAAGUGUCUCCAACUAGAAAUGACCAAUGAAGUGAGAAAUUGUUGAGAAGGAUACAGUUUGUUUUUAGAUGUCCUUUGUCCAAUGUGAACAUUUAUUCAUAUUGUUUUGAUUACCCUUGUGUUACUACAAGAUGGCAAUAAAUACUAUGGGAUUGUUUGUAUUAAAAAAUUUACAUUGCUUCUUA